UUUUAAACAUAGCCCGAACUCUUCGUUUCCAUGCUCAUCUACCGAUUGAUUUUUGGGGCGAAUGUGUCUUGACUGCAUGUUAUUUGAUUAACCGGUUACCUUCGCCGGUCUUAGAGAAUAAAAGCCCUUAUGAAUUAUUGCAUAACAAAUCACCAAAAUACGACCAUCUACGCGUUUUUGGUUGCCUUUGCUAUGCACGAGCACACGGGAAUAAUGGAGAUAAAUUUGCUCAACGGGGAUUGAAAUGCAUUUUUUGGGAUAUCCUUAUUCUCAAAAGGGUUGGAAAUUAUAUGAUCUUGAAAGUCAACGUUUUUUUGUUUCGAGAGAUGUCACAUUUGUUGAGACGGAAUUUCCGUUUGCUCAAUCAAUUGUGGAGGAAGACGGCACCAGUGUGAAUUCCAAGAUUUUAGUGACACACCCACCAAAUUAUAUUGUUAGUGAUGAGGAUGGCAUGCAUGUGGGUGAUGGUAAUGGAAAUGCAUGCAUGCAUGGAGACAUGAUGACUACUCACGCACCAACAUCGUCCUUGACUAACGGUGAAGACCAUUCUGGUGAUACAGGGCAUGCUACGAAUUCAUCGACGUCCCAGGGGGAUGGCAACACUGACACAUCAACACCGCCCUUCGAGACUUCUGUACGACGGGGAACACGUCCAAAACGGCAACCGGUGUGGCAUAAAGACUACACGCAUCGUGCCUUCAUUGCAGCCAUUUCGUCCACCAAGGAACCGAGUACAUUUCGUGAGGCGGUUGGUGAUCCAAAUUGGCGGGCUGCCAUGCAACAUGAAAUUAAUGCAUUGGAACGCACCGGCACGUGGAAAAUACAAGAGCUUCCCCCUGGUAAGAUUCCUAUUUUUUGUAAAUGGGUUUAUAAAAUCAAAUACAAGAGUGAUGGCAGUAUUGAUCGCUACAAAGCCAGACUUGUAGUCUGCGGUAACCGCCAGGUACAUGGAAUCGACUAUGACGAGACCUUUGCUCCCGUUGCCAAAAUGGUUACGGUACGUACAAUUUUGGCUAUUGCUGCAUCCCGAGGAUGGGAGACACAUCAAAUGGACGUGGAUAAUGCUUUCCUGCAUGGCGAUCUUCAGGAGGAGGUAUACAUGCAUUUGCCCCCCGGUUACUCCUCCUCUAAACCGGGACAUGUGUGCAGAUUGCUACGGUCUCUCUACGGGCUUCGUCAAGCCCCACGAUGUUGGUUUUCUAAAUUGACUAACGCACUUCUCGCUUAUGGAUUUUCUCAGUCACA